AGGCUCUUCCAAGAUUCUCUUGCAGCAGCCCCCAAGGGUCAUCCCGCAAAACCAAAAUAUAGAAGAGUCAGACCCCUUCUCUUCUACCCGGCACUACAAACUCCGCCGUCUGUGUUGUUAAGGUUCUUCCCCUUCCACCACCACUACGGUUGGCCCCGCCAUUCCACCUAAAUUUCUUGCGCCGCCAUUCUACGCGCAGUCAAGUCAUCUUCCCUCCCGCACUUCCUUCUCAUCCCUCGAUUAUUGUUGCGCCUUCUUCCGUCGUUCUAUAAUUAAUACCGGCGUCCAUCCUUCCCAAGCUAACCCGUUGCUCUCUGCAGCGACGUUGCGUUAUCCGCGGACCCCUGCAGCCCAUUAAGGACUUAAGGCGAUCGGUCCUGGCGGCGCGCAUCUGAUAACUUCUAGACUUGAAGAGAUUCGCCACAACGCAGGCUCGCAUAUUCACCCUGGUUCUUUCCGAAUUUUGACAUGGUCGUCGACCGGCAUAUCACCUUAUCUCGGGAAUAGCAUAUUUGAAGGGGAUCGUCAAGUCGCCAGGGUAUCAAAAUCUCGAAACGCAGGUCGCCUCAGGCGCCACUUAAAACAGGCUAUCUCCUAGCUGCUGCGUGGUUGUCCGCUCUCAAAUAUUCACCCUGGCGCCCCUCAGCGUCCGUUAACGUAGCAUGGCAGAAGACCGUCGACAUAGAGGACAACCGCUGAGGCACGACCAAACCGACGACUCCCAAUAUCCUCCAGUUCCUGGGGAGGAGGACGACCGUGCCAGAGCCAUUCCUUAUCACCAUCCACGGCCCCAAAUGGCGACGAGCACCGUAAGAUUGCCGUCUAUUCAAGAUCCCCACGGAGCCUACGGCCCCUCUGGGGGCAGAGGCUGGGACCCAAGAGCUGGUGGUUAUGGUCCUUCGCCGAGCUCGACGAACGGCUACCCCCCUCCGCCUAGCAGCGCACAAGCGCCCCCGCCUACAGCUUAUUCUCCCCCAAGCGCUGGCAGCGCAUAUCCCCCUCCUGGUUCUAGCCACCCUUCAUAUCUUCCACCAGUUCACGCGCCAGCCUCCGAUCCCAGAACCAAUUAUCCAGACCCAAGAACGGCGCAGUAUUUUCCGGGCUACAGCACUCCCGGACCCUAUGACUUUGCGUACCGAGGAGACCGUGGCGCCCCCGGCGCGUAUCCUGAAUAUGCGAGAGGUGGACAUGCAGGAGCCGCUGUAAUGCAACAGUCUGCUCCCCGGCAGCGAACUUCGAUUGCCUGCAGAUAUUGCAGAAGGAGGAAGAUCCGCUGUAGUGGCUACCAGAAUUCGCCAGGCGGUAAAUGUACAAAUUGUAUCAAGAUGAAUCAAGAAUGCGUUUUCCAGCCGGUUUCAUCGUCCUCAUCCACUGCAUUUGUUCCCGUUUCGGCAUUGCCAAACGGUAUUCCACCAGGUACGCAACUAUUUGGAGCAUAUGGCCAACCGCUAGCAGGCCCAUCGAACCUCGCCUCAGCAGGCAGCUAUCAGACCGCAAAUCCGCAAUAUGAUCAGCCAUUGCCUUCCCCAACUGGCUCGUACGGAUCUUUUUCAGAAGAAAGAUCUGAGGCGGGCAGGCGACGGCCGAGACCCUCGGAAGACGAGCAUGGAGUUCGUUUACCACCUCCAAACACGUUCCCCGACGAUAAUCCACGACGACGAUCUCCCUCGUCCAGCAGUAGCCCGAGCCAUCUGCAACCACUCUCGCAAUUACAACCACAGCCGGCUUCAUACGCCGGAUAUGAUAACAGAACACCACCGCCAAGAGGCAGUCCGUCUGGUGCUCCGGCAGGGCCUAGCACCGCGAGUUCUGUAAUGAGCUUAGAGAAUAUAAUGGGUACUGGACCACCUUCUAGCAAUGAUAUUGACCAGAAAAUGUUGGGUCGCUUGAAUCGUCGGACACAACAGUAAAAUAAAGAAAAUAUUGGUUUCUAUAGAGGCCACAGAGUGGUAACGGGAUCAAUAUUAUUGCUCGGAAGCGAGUCUGGGAGGGGUUGGGAAAAUAGAACGCUGCUGGCGGCGGGUUUGAAGAGCUAAAUCUGCGACGAGGGCUCUCGGUAUUCAAAUCGAUUUUCAAUUAACGAGUCGACGGCAUAACAGGGCGAUAUUUGCAUUUCCUUCGUCAAGGCGGCGGUCACGAGUCGAAGGCGUAAACCGAGGUCAUCUGCGGACGGAUACGAAAAAAAAAACAGGAGAGCAAGCCGCGUUAAAAGACCACCUACCUACUUAGAUCACUACUAGUUUGGCGACGAACUUCGAUCAUAGCAUAUUGUCUAUUCGUUUGUUUUUACAUCAGUUCUACUUAUUAUGCUUUUAAUUCUUUUAAAGUCGUCCACUUGAUUUCGAACACGGGAGGGGAUAAGAAGAUUGGUUCGCCUCACGGCAAAAAUCAGAAAGCUGGUGGUUGCGUGUUUUAGUUUUAUUGUGUUUUUUAUCGUCUAAGCGUUUAUCCGUUACGUUGUUUUCAUAAUACAGUUCAUGAUUUCAAUGAGUUGCAGGCAUUAUUAUGCCUAUCUCUAGAAAGACAUAAUCAAAAUUCAACAGUGAAUGAGAGUCCUACGUAUAUGAUUAA